UUGAGUAAGGAGUGACGCGCGCGCGGCUCGUUUGUUUUUUGUUUUAUUUUUCUGCCUCCUCGGUCGAGCGAAAAUUGACGGCAAAAGUGGAAAUAUAUCCAACGUGUUUGUGUAGGAUAAUCUGCUCUGGUGGCGGUUCUGUGGAUAUAUUUAUCUUUGGGUUUCCCUGCACGUCUAGAGAUGUCUCGCGAGGUGGAAAUUCGGUUCAUCUUUUCAGCUUUCGACGCUUUAGGGAAUCGGUAAACGUGGCUAUUUAUCAGGUUUCGAGAGUGCGAAUCGUGUGCGUAACUCAAAAAUGUUCUAGGGAUAAAUCUUGGGUGGAAAUUUGGUCUAACGGAAAUCAGCCGAAGCCGAUACGAAAUGGAAUUAAAAGUGGCAACCGCUAAAAGGUUUGGCCAGAAUCCGGAGUGUGGGUGAAUGAGAAGAAAUCGUUUGGUGCGAAAUGUGAAAUGAUAAUCCCAGCCAUGGCAAGUGUGUGUGGUUGUCAGAAUGGUGAUAUAAAAUAAAAAUAAAAGAAAUUCCCACCAAGAAGAGCGGCUCUUCAUCAAUGAAAUGUACACAACAAUGUGAGGAUGCAUUUCGGAUUGGUGCAAUAUGGUAAAGCAGAUGCAUUACUUUAAAUUUUCGUGGUGUAGGCUUCCGGAGUGUUUGAGUCUUGGGUAAACACCGGCAAUGGCAUCCGACAUAAGAAUAAAAAGAUAAGUGCACGGAGUUGCGCUCCUAAGUCCGGAAGAUUGAACAAAACAUUGCAUUGAUCUCAAGAGAUUUCCAGUCAUCAAAAUGAUUGUUACAAGUAUUCAGUGAGGUUCGAUGCAACAUCAGCAAAAUGUAACCUUCUUGUUGAUGCAUCGUAAUUAUCCGAAAAAAGCCAUGGCCGCUAGGUGUUGCAGUACGUCAAAUUUCGUGAGAGGUCAAUAAAAGUGUGGUCAAAAUGAACGAAAACAGCGGCGGCAAAAGCAGCAACGGGCACAUAACGCAAUUAUUUCGGCUGUGGGUGAAAUAGUUUUUAAUGAGUUGUUUCUGCAGGAUAGAAAAUAGUGAAAAACGGCAACAGCAGAAACGGUGGAAGUGAAUUUAAGAAUAAAAAAAGGAGCUGGGUGGGUUGGGUUUAGAAAUCGGCUAGCUACAGUACAACGAGGGGUCUUUCUAACAGCCCAUCCCGGGAAGACCAAAGAAACCCCAGACGACGUCGUCAUCGGCAAAAAAGUGAGACUAGUGCAAGAGUGGGGCGAGCGAAAAUUGACCGGGAAAGUGAAAAAUACCGUGCCACGGUGCGGGCAUCAACUCGGGGAAGAUCCAACCACCUGCAUUAAAGUGGCUAACCCAUUGCAUUGCUGGUUGGAGGCCCCUUUCUGAAAGCUUGGCCGCUGGGUUUGUAAAAGUGCACCGGCCAACAUGGAACGAAAACGAUCAAUCAGACGGCGUCAGAAACCGCCGUUUGCAGAACGCUUCAAGGAUCACUGCCGCAAUUUCACUGCAUUUAUGUUCAGCAACGUGGGAAUAAUUUUCCUCGUUGCACUGUAUAUGAUUGCCGGUGCGUUCAUGUUCAUCGCGAUCGAAGGUAAUGAGGCUUUGGAGAGGUUUGCUCAAAUACCGCUCAAGAGAAACGAGACUGCCAUGCGGCUGUGGCAAAUAUCCUGCUGUGAAGUAAAUGUGUUCAACAAAACCGUUUUCGAAGAAAGAGUAGCAGAGGAAAUACGCGCCUAUCAGGAGAGGGUUGUGCUGUGGGCCAGACGAGGAUGGCAGGGCAGCGACGUGAUGCAGGAGGGCGAAACCCAGUGGUCAUUUUCCGGUGGUUUCCUGUACUCGCUCACAGUCAUCACCACGAUUGGUUAUGGCAACAUAGUUCCUCGAACCGAGUGGGGCAAAAUUGCAACGAUAUUUUACGCAAUCAUAGGAAUGCCACUGUUCCUACUUUAUCUUUCCAACAUAGGUGAUAUUCUGGCAAAAUCAUUCAAAUGGAUCUACGCCAAGUUCUGCUUGUGCCGGGUCUGUCCGGGUGUAGCCCGAAGACGUGCCCUUCGAAAGCGGCGACGGGCCAAGACCGAGGAACGAGACUACGUGUCGGAAUUGGGUGAAAAUGGAUUCGACACGGCAACGAUCACAACCUCGAACGUGGAUGAUGAAAUCGAAGAUGAAAUCACUGGUGAAUCGAAUACAGUCACUGUACCGAUUACAAUUUGCAUCAUGAUCAUGAUAGGGUACAUAUUCUUCGGUGCACGUCUUUUUGCUGACUGGGAGAGUUGGGACAUUCUGGAUGGCAGCUAUUUCUGUUUUAUCUCCCUGAGCAGUAUUGGUUUUGGAGACAUCGUCCCUGGUGCUUCGCUGCAAACGAAAGGCGACGGUAAGAUGGAAAUCAGCUUCAUCCUGUGCGCCAUCUAUCUUUUGCUGGGGAUGGCUUUGAUUGCUAUGUGCUUCAAUCUGAUGCAGGAACAAGUAAUCUACAAGAUCAGCUCGCUGAAAAAGUGCGUCCGUGGGUGCUGCCAAUGCAAGAAAGCUCCCCCACCCCCGAGCGAUGAAGAACUGUCGGAAAGCUGAGUCCUCCUCUUCAAUUCGAUUGCGAUGCCGAUGCCGAUGAUGAUAAUAAGUGGAGCAUCUCCCGGUUGCUUCUUCAAUACUUCCUGUUCCGGGCUUUCGCAGCCAUCGAAGAUGAGUGGUGAAUUAAGAGUGAACUGUAAAUAUAUAAUCAAUACAGCCCCAAUGGCUCGCGGAACACUUAAUUACAGGAGAGCGAGAUGCUAUGGUGGGUGAAAAGAUGGCGAUAGAACUCUGUACUAAUAGAAAAUAAUCUCGACUGGUAGGCGGAAAUUGUGAUGCUGCAGCCAGAGAUCGGCACGAGGAGAAACUCAUCACGAAAACUUCAUCUCGAGUGGAAUGGCGAAUCUCGUUAAAAUUACGCGCUAGUAAGCAAUACACAAUCGAAUUACAGUGACGUUCAAAAAUUAGGUUUAAUUAUUGCGAUGUUUGCCUUUAUCAAAAUAGAUAUAUCUAUACGAAAUUUUCAGGUCCAUCAAAUCCGUUAUUGAAAAGAUAUUGAUUAAUGUUGAGCAUUUGUGCGUCCAUAACAAUUUCCAAUCUCAAGUUCUUGUAUCAUAUACUUAUUGAAUUUUAGAUACAAUUUUAUACUUCAUUCUUAUUAUUAUCUUGAAUUCCUAUUUUGAAUUAUCCAUUCUGGUUUUUAAUACUAAGGUUAAAAUGUUAGUAUGAAGUUCAUACUAUGAACUAAUAAGAGUGACCAUGGAUGCAGAUCAUUUUUCGGAUAGGAAAUAGAAAACACUUCCAAUCUCGUUGACGAUUAGAAACUAAAGAGAGGUUUUAUUCGGUUUCAUUUUCAUAUUACAAUUUUUCCCGCGAAUUUACGCAAUAGGUACAGAAACACAUGAAGAAAUUGGCAACAUUAUAGCGCAAAAUAUUUGUAUACUUUUAGGCGUUUUUCAUUCUAGCCAGGGUGAUCAAUAUCUUCGAGAUUGAACACUGAACUUAGUUCGGAAUUCGGUGAUUCGUUUUAGUUCAGAAUUUUUCUGUUGGUGGUUGAUAAUCUUUAUUUUGUUUCCAUGAACUAGAUCUGAAGUUGUAUCUUGGAUUAUGAUUAAAAAGAUAACUUUUUCCUCUUAAAAAAUGAUAUUUUGUAGUGAUUUUAUGAUAAUUUAUUUGGUGUUUGUAUAACAAAUUAUGUUUUCACAGAAUCAAAAAUACAUCGAUGAUGAUUUCCAAAUAAAAUAUCAAAUGUAAAUGUGUAAUGGCCUCAAUAUUCAAUGAAGAUAUGGCCCGAUUAUGGAACUGGAAAGCUCGGAUUUGAUGGACAAAUCAUUAUCUAUUCAACUCAAGCGUACUUUAAACUUACGUAUAAGAUUAGUUUUAAGAUCAUCGUUCGUUCAUUCUUCUUUCAAGUUAUCAUAAUUAGCUCAUAGUUCUCCACUGUUCAUACUUUCGCCACCUACUGUAUUCUGAUAGAUGAUAAGACAGCGAUUAAAGACAAUAAUGGAAAGUUAAUUUCCUAAGAGUUUCGCCUUAGUUUUCUUAGCUUUUAACAGCCGUGUCACAAAAGUUAAUUCGAGAACAUUGUUGAUAUUUCUAGAUCCUCCUGAGUGGAAACAUUACAGCAAAGUUCGUUUAGAUUGAUGAUUAAUUCGACUCUCGGAAUGUGUGCAAUAUUUUCAGGAACUUUUCAAAUUCCUGUUGAAACUUAGCCACCACAGUGCUGUAAGCGAGACUUUGCUGUAGGUACCAUUGAAUGUUCAUUUGUUGCUAAUUAAAAACUGAUUUCAGAGUGCUUGAAUCUGUAGGUAUUAUGAUUCGAUCGAACACAAUUAUAAAACGGGAGUCUCCAACGAAAGCACAGACGUUUCUAGCUAUAAUAGGUCCCAGGAAGCAAAAAAAAACCAAGGAAAACGAUUGUCGAACAUUCCAGA